UGGGUUUGACUUCAGACUGUGGUACAUUAUAUGUGGAGUUUGCAUGGUACCCCCCGCCACAUCGGCUUUUUCCAGUUACUUCAGCUUCUUCCUUAUAUCCAGAGAACCGCUGCUGGUUAUUUUCUGACGCCUUCGUCUCGAGUGUUUAUGCAUGAUAUGUUUAUUAGUCCCUUUCCAGCAUGUAGCUAAACCUUAAGCCUUAACAGUACUCUGAAUGGCCCGGCUCAGUCUCCACCUCCCUCUAAAGACAAACUCUUCGUUAGACGCCGAAGAACAGAGAAGCAGCUGAGAAGCAGCUGAAAAGCAGAAAAACGCAGCUCAGGACUCUGUAGCGCUCAAUAAUCAUUAAACCUUCAUCUCUUGCCCUUUCUCAGGUUAUCCUUUGGGCUCAGCUCCGCCAGGGGGCACAGCUCACAAACGACUUGCAGGCAAUUACUGCUGUACGCCAGGACUGUGGGGAACGUGAUAUGAUUGAGACAGCUCCACAUCCCUUACGUACGAAGCCAGUCGCAGAAGGACCGCCCCUGCCACUACUACUCCUUGAAUGGGCUGCUGUGUUUUUUUUUGCACUUCCUUAACAGUGAAGGAGACUGCACAAGCAAGAUGGACUUAAACAUGGCAGGUGUCUUUUUUUUCAUUGUGUUUCUCUCCUUGAACACUGUUGCUGGUUAUAGUAAUGGGAAAGUAUCGAAAUCCUGUAAAAGUAUGAGACCAGGCCAUGGUCAUGCUCGUAGUACAAAGGCCAGUCCCUACAAGAUAUCUGUUGAUAAAAAUCACUUCAGUCCUGGUGAUCAGAUCAGAGUCACUCUCUCUGGAUCUGCACCUGGAGAGCCUUUUAAAGGGUUUCUCAUUCAAGCACGGGACACCUCAAAUCUGAGUGCUGAUGCAGUUGGAUCAUUUAGCCUUCUUAGUAAUGCUGAUGCGCAGCUUUUAAACUGUGGGAGCACAAAGGGAUCAGCAGUUAGUCAUACCAGUAAGUCCAAAAAGAUGGAGAUCAAAGUCAUCUGGAAUGCGCCUAAAAAUUCUCCACCUUCCGUCCAAUUUCUGGCUACAGUUGUUCAACACUAUGAUGUUUUCUGGGUCAAAAUACCAGGCCCAGUUGUAUCUCAGAGCAAUGUGAGUCCUCCAGUCCUGCCAACUUCAGCUACUGAUCAGACAACACAUCCAUCUGCACUUACAAAACCAUUUACCUCAAAGGGUUGUGGCAGGACAAAGUCCUGUUUGCGUGAUCCAGUUGGUUGUGAUCCAGAGACUGAUCCAAAGUGCCAUUUCCUCUCAUUCGCUGGCCAGGAGCAGUCAGUGGUGUUUGAACUCAGUGGACCUGCUGAGGGAUAUGUUUCUUUUGCAUUGUCACAUGACAAAUGGAUGGGUGAUGACGAUGUAUAUUUAUGUGUUAGAAGAAAUGAAUAUGUGGACAUAAAUCCAGCAUAUGUCACAGGCCGAACCCAUCCUGAAGUAGAGUUACAGAGCACAUUGAGGAAUAUGGCAUGGAGGUGGUCAGAUGGGGUUAUUCAGUGUACAUUUCAGAGGAAUAUUCAGAUCCCAGGAGAGGAGCACAGGUUUAAUCUUGAUACGAGUUACUACAUAUUCUUAGCAAGUGGUAAAGCAGAGCAUGGGAUGAUUCACAGGCAUAACCGUCAGCCUCUGAUUUCAUCAGAAAAGAAGGUUAUUUCUGGACUACCUGGCAACUUAGUUGGCUCACGGUCUCCCUUAAUUAUUAAGGCUCAUGGUGCUUUAAUGCUUGUUGCAUGGAUAUCAACUGUUAGCAUUGGUGUCAUUUUUGCUCGAUUUUUUAAACCCCUGUGGCCAGAGAGCAGACUGUUUGGUGAGCAGAUAUGGUUUCAGGUGCAUCGUGUCUUAAUGACCUCCACAGUGCUACUCACCUGUUGUGCCUUUGUUUUGCCUUUUGCCUACAGAGGUGGCUGGAGUCACCAUGCAGGUGCCCACCCUUUCCUUGGCUGUACAGUUAUGGCGCUUGCUCUUCUCCAGCCCCUCAUGGCUAUUUUAAGGCCACAUCCUGAUUCCUUGAGAAGGUACAUCUUUAACUGGAUGCAUUGGAGUGCAGGCACCAUUGCUAGGAUAAUUGCUGUUGCAGCUAUGUUCUUGGGAGUUCAUCAGCAAGCUCUGGAUCUUCCAAGCCCUUGGGAUACAUUUGUGCUGUGUGGGUUUGUAGUGUGGGAUGUUGCUGCAGAUUUGGUUUUGGAGAUACACAACUACCACAUGAUUCAUAAAGCUAAGAAUGUUGCAGAUGAUGAAGAGGAAAUUAUACAUUCAUCUUCAGAGGCGUCAGAGGGUGACCUCUUUAAGAAGAUUGUUUUAGCAGUCUAUAUCUGCGGAAAUCUGGGAUUUCUCAUUACUCUUUUGAUUGCCAUAAAUGACAUGUGAAAAGAAGCUUAUAAAGAAACUGACCUCCUACCUCCUUGGUUGAAGAAUCAGUCAGCUCCUGGAGUGAGAUACAGUUGUACUUUCCCUCAAGAGCCACCAGAAAUGAGGAGCAUGUGGUUGAAUUUUAUAAAAGGACAGAACAAAACCUCAAAGAAUGGAUAGCCCUGGUGUUUACAAAUAUUGUGUUUAUAGCAAUGUGCUUCUAAGGAAAGAAUGUACAGGUAUUAUCAAAUGAGUUGGAAGCAUAAAUAGAAUUAUUUUUAAUUCUGAGGUAUAGGUCUGUAAUCUGACAUUUUUCCACAACUAAGAAUUGCACUCAGUCUAAUGCUGCCUUUACAUGCAUAAAAGUUGACUAAUAGUCAGUAACCUUUUGUGGUUAACUAAGGAAUAGGUGUUGAUAUAGAGUAUAUGACUUUGUAAGAUUUAGUUUUUAUUUCAAAUACCAUUUCUGCAAGAAAAAUUGGGAAAAUAUAAUAGCAUGACAGAAUAUAGGAAAGGUUGUAUCAUGCUAGAUAUUAAUAUUUAUUUCACAACCAGUCGACAGAAUUGUUACUUUUGUUUUAGUGUUUCAAAAAGAAAACACAACAGCAGAGAAAAAAUAAGCCUUCAAAACGCGUGCAUUCUAGAUUUUAAUGCUUGUGGAGAACAGAGAUAAAUUUUAUUGGAGGUGCCUACAGUUAAGAUGUGAAAGUCAGUGGUGCUGUGUACUUCAACAGUAGGUCUUCAGACCCUAAUCCUUUAAUAAAGUCUAUGUAGCCCAAAUGGGGCUAAUGCACUUUGUGUCUUCAAUACGACUCAACCAAACCUCUAACAGAAAUAAACAAGUUUUUAAAAUGA